AUGUUUAUUGUUAUAUUUUCAAUAUAUUGUGGUGUAAAGAAGGCGCUUACCUGGCUGGGUCAGCUAAUAUCUUAUCGAAAACACACUGGAAAACGACAAAUUGCAUGCGAUAUCGAGCAUCGACAUUCGAUUUCAGCUGACGGAUCCGCCAGUAAGAACGAAUAUGGUAUCAUAAAAAUAGCAGCAUCAACAAAUGUAUUGCGACAAUUUUUGCCAGGUGAUCAUUUAGAGUAUGCAGAACAUUUUAACGCAUUGUUGAAGAUACUCGAUUGUAAGCUGGAUGGAAUUGUCUACAGUACAAGUUUAUUAAGUAACGAAUGGAUUUUUGAACCUCUGGACUUGGUUUACCAUGUGAAUGAGAAGGAUGCAAGAACUGAAUUGCAAAGUUAG